GAGGGCGCAGGAGUUGGAGCCCAAUUUGCCCCAAAGCAGCAGCAGCAGCAGCUGCCCCCAAAUUUGCCCCUUUCUGAGGGUUUCUGCCAGCUUCCAGCAAGGGACCGUUGCCCCUGGGGUCCCUGGCAAGAGGGGCACCCCCUUUUUUGCCAUGCACCCCUUCACCCGGGUGAGGGGCUUCGCGGUACAGCUGGACGGCCACCCCGGCGGUGGCACCGUCUACCGGGGCGGAGAGGUCCUCUCCGGGCAGGUGGUGCUGGACGUCGCCAAGAGUGUCAAGGUGAGAGCGCUGGCCGUCUGCGCCCGUGGCCUGGCCACUGCCCACUGGCUGGAGGGCAAGAGCGUGGGCAUGAACACCAUCUACAGCGACUACACAGCCUUCCAGACUUACCUGAGAAGGAAGACGCACCUGAUCCCAGACAACGGAGAUGUCACCGUCCUUCAGGCCGGACGACACGAAUUCCCCUUUACUUUCCAGCUGCCAGAAUCCUUGGCCACUUCCUUCGAGGGAAAACAUGGGAGCGUUCGCUAUUGGGUGAAAGCCAAGCUCCACCGUCCCUGGGCUUCGGUCAAGAAAGCCAAAAAGGAUUUCACUAUUAUUGAGCCCAUCGAUAUCAACACGCCGGCGUUGCUGGCACCACAAGCCGGUGCCAAGGAGAAGCUGGCACGAGCCUGGUAUUGCAACCGAGGGCUUGUCUCCGUCUCGGCCAAGAUCGACCGGAAAGGCUAUACCCCAGGCGAGGUGAUCCCCAUCUUUGCCGAGAUUGACAACUGCACGACCCGCACGGUGGUGCCCAAGGCGGCCAUCAUCCAGACCCAGACGUUCGUGGCGCGCGGCACCAAGAAGCAGAAGAAGUCGGUGGUGGCCUCUAUGGUGGGCGACACCAUUGCGGCCGGCAAGAGGGAGGUGUGGCACGGCCGGGCGCUCAAGAUCCCCCCGGUGGGACCCUCCAUCCUCCAGUGCCGCAUCAUCCACGUCGAGUACGCCCUCAAGGUCUGCAUCGAGAUCCCAGGGACGUCAAAGCUGUUCCUGGAGCUCCCGCUGGUCAUCGGCACGAUCCCCCUGCACCCCUUUGGCAGCCGCACCUCCAGCGUCAGCAGCCAGUACAGCGUCAGUUUGGAUUGGGUCCGGAUGGGAAUUCCCGAAGAACCGGAGGCUCCUCCCGAAUACUCGUCCGUCGUGUCCAGCGAGGGACCCCUGGAGACCCUCUCGCCGCCCGGCCAGGACAGCGCCCCCCCUGGCGUCCUCGAAGGGCCGUUUUUCGCCUACAUCCAGGAAUUCCGCUUCCGGCCGCCUCCGCUCUAUUCCGAGGUGGAUCCCAAUCCCCAAUCGGACGCCGCCAUCCGCCCCCGUUGCAUGACCUGCUGAGAGGCGCCUGCCAUCGGAUCUCUUGGAACAGAUCUCUAUUGCUUUCCCGGGAACGGGAUCUGGCGAGGAAGGAGGAGACCCCGCGAUCUGGGUGCGAACGAGGAGAGGGGCUCCGGCAGGGAGGCGGCUCCUUGACCCCCCAGAGGCGGCAGAGGCGAGGUUUGGGGUGUCCCAGACCGACGGCACCGAUCCUGCGGGGUUUACGGAGGAGGAAAUGGGGACGUUUGAACCCCCCCAAGGGGAAAUGCCUGCCUUGUGACUCAGGCACUAUCCGGCAGUCCCGGUUUCGACGACACCUACGGGCGAGAAAACAGGGCGGGGAGAUUCCCCAGGCAGUGGGAGAAAUUGCGGGGUUGAGCGAAAGUUUUGGGGUGACCCCCCCCUGAUUUUAUCUCCUGCCCCACUAAGCUUUGCAGAGACGGGAUUUGAACUCGCCGCUCUGGGAAGAUCCACCCUGUGGGUUUUUAAGGUGGGGAAAAGAGGGUCAGAACAGCUUGGCAGACGAGAGAAAGGAAGAUUUGCGCUGUCGAAGGCAGAGAAAAUGAGUUUGGGGGGGUCGUGUGGGGUUUUCGGGGCGCAGAUCAGACCCCAAAUUCUGGGCAUCACGAAGACGUCGGGGGGGAUGGAAGAAAAUCGUUUUCUUCUUCUCUCUGAAAUUGCAUUCCACUUUCCAAAGCUUGCUGGUCUCCAGGGGAGGGACGUAUUUUGAUUUCCCCCCCAUGUUGGGACAGUGGCCUUACGUUGUAAAUAUGUGUAAAUAUGAUUUUAACUGAUAUGCUGUGGCUCAAUGCAGAACUUACGCAAAAGAACCGGUUUCCCGGUUCAUAUUUUUAUAGAAUACCUGCGGCCUAUUCAGAAACACCCCCCUAAAAAACAACCCUGUGUUUGGAAAUGAGGAUUUGUGGCUUUUUUGUACAAGUGUUGAAAUUAAAAUUGUGAACUUUA